CUCCCCCAGCGCCGCUUCUCUCCGGGUUUAGCCCCAUGCGCGUCGGAGCGCCCGUUUCAUCCGCUCGUGGGGAGCUGUCGAGCAGCGGCGAGCUGCAGAAGCCGAACUGGGGGCCGGUUGUUUAUCUGAAGGAAGGAGGAGGCGGGGAGACUGGAAACCGCCUGUGUCCCAUUUCCUCUCGUGUGUGCGCGCGCUUGUGUGUGUGUGUGUGCGCGCGGGUUCCCCCCCCCUCCCCUGCUCCAGCCCUGGAUUCUCCAUGUUGGACCCGAUCUAAGGAGCAUCUACGUUGCUGCCUUUGCAUGCAGCUGACUCCAGGGCUUUGCAACUGAAGUGGACGACAUACUUCUCCAUUGCACUCCCCCCCCCCCUGUUCCUCCUCCUCCCUGGACGUUUCCCUCCUCCCCACCCCCUCCUCUCCUCCUCCUCCUAACCAAAGGAUCCCCAGGGUCUGUGGGAUUGUUAGAUGGAAAGCCGGUCUAUCAUCACCCAAGUGCAGAGGGACGAAGCCCUGGUGCUUUCAAAACAAGUCUUGGUGUCCAAAUCCUCCCCAAAGAAGCCUCGUGGCCGGAACAUCUUCAAGGCUCUUUUCUGUUGCCUCCGUGCACAGAAUGUCGGGCAGUCAGCCUUUGGUGGAGAGCAUGGCCCGCAUAAGGAGGAGACCAGCACCAUUGCCAAGUCUGAUCUGUUGCAGUGUCUUCAAUACCAGUUUUACCAGAUUCCUGGGACGUGCCUUCUCCCUGAGGUGACUCAGCAAGAUCGGGGCCGAAUAUGUGUGGUGAUUGAUCUGGAUGAGACCUUAGUGCACAGCUCCUUCAAGCCGAUCAACAAUGCCGACUUCAUAGUGCCUGUCGAAAUAGAAGGGACGACCCAUCAGGUGUAUGUGCUGAAGAGGCCAUUUGUAGAUGAGUUCCUGAGGCGGAUGGGGGAGCUGUUUGAGUGUGUGCUGUUCACUGCCAGCCUGGCUAAGUAUGCUGACCCAGUAACUGACCUGCUGGACAAGUGUGGAGUCUUCCGAACCCGCCUUUUCCGGGAGUCAUGCGUAUUCCACCAGGGCUGUUAUGUCAAGGACCUCAGCCGGCUAGGUCGUGAUCUACGGAAAACCCUGAUCCUGGACAAUUCUCCUGCCUCCUACAUCUUCCAUCCGGAGAAUGCGGUGCCAGUCCAGUCUUGGUUCGAUGACAUGGCGGACACCGAGCUGCUGAACCUGAUCCCUAUCUUUGAGGAGCUGAGUGAAGCAGAGGAUGUUUAUACCAGCCUUGGCCAGCUGAGGGCACCCUAAGGCCCUCCUUGCAUUACGCCCACAGGGGAACUUUUUCACUCAGUGCCUUCAGUAUUGGCCAGGAGGGAAGGGGAACAGUGCGAUUGUUCCCAAUAGCCUGACUACAAGGCAGAUGCAAGCACUUUGGGAGGCAAUAACCUGCCUGGCCUAAACCCAUUGGGCAGUGCCAGAGCGGUUUCCAACCAGGGUAUGGCUGGAUGCCAGAGCCUCUAGCCUUUCCACCAAAAGCAGGGACAUCCACGUUGGACACCCCAUCCCCCAAUAGCACUCGUAUCUAUGCACUGUGAGGACACAGGGAGCACCCAGAGGAGGCACCCUUUCUCCAGGGCUCUGCUUCCUCCUGCCCCUCCUCCAUUUGCUGCAGGAUGGUUCGCUCUGGUUGUAUUUGGGCAGCUCAGGCUGUUUGUACCCCCUCUCCCUUUGCAACCCUAAAGCAAUGCCAAAUGAUUUGGCCCAUUCUUUUUUAAAAACGAAAAACAAACAUACAAACUAUAUGUCCCCCACUCCCUUUUAGAUGCUGAGAGUGCUGAUUACCCAGGCCCUACUGGGACACAGCAUAUUUGACGCCUUAUCAUCUCUCAGGCAGGGCAGGGCAUCAAGAAUACCUCCUCUUGGCUCUCAGAUACUUCUGUCUGUCCUAGCCAGGUGUUGGCAGGUGGGAUGCUGUCCUUCAACUGCUCAGGCCACUGGACGUCUUGGAGGAAAGCCUUGCCUUGCCUUUGAUACGUGGCUAGAAAAAGGAAAUCUCUCUAGCACAGCCAUUUUGUGAGGCCUCCUUUGUCCUGCUCCCUUCCGGCAUUUUCGCUUCAGACUAGUCAAGCCCAUGUUUUCAGGGGUCUUGGGCCCUAAUUUUCCCAUUGGCUUUUGGAAAGCCUUUAACAUGUUUUUAGACCUUGUCUUGUGACUGGCUUAUGCCUGUGGGCAAAAGGCAAGGCUCCAAAGGGAGAGCAACCCUUGCAAUCCCAUCCCCUCUAAUAUUAGUGACACAGCAUAGAUAAGGCCUAAGGUGAAGUCCACUGGCCCACCCAAACCCCACACUCCAUAUUGGUUUAGGACCGACAUGGCAAAGUUGCCCAUGUCCCUGCACUCUGGCCUAGUUUUGUUUCUCGGGGACCAGGCAGCAUCCUUGCCUUAAACUGCACCCAAUUGGCAGGCCACACCAAAACCAACAGGGAUGCCUCAGCACUGUCCACUCUUUCACUCCCUUUCAGUGUGAAUGCUAGCCUGAAGGAUAGGAGGAUGCGACUUUGGGGGGUGGGGUGCACAGGUGGCUUACCUCCCUCAAUGGCUCCCAGUCAUGCCAGAAAUGUAACCUGGCUUCCCACUCAGGACUCGUUCUAGGCUCUGUCGCCAUAACUUGAAAGCCCAGCCCCUCAGGUGGCCUCAGGGAAUCAUGGACUAGCAUAAUAGAAGCUGGGGUAGGGUGGGGUGGGGGGCCGUUAUUUCAUAUGUGUACACAGCCUGCUAUGUGUCAUGUUAUCGGGGGAGCGAGGGGAGACUUUACGACUGCCUUCACAUUUCUCUGCCCUGCAGCUGCCGGACAGCAAGUGACUGUGGCCUCUUUCUCAUCAAGCUUUCCUGGGAACCAGCCCUGGCGAAGUAGCUGGGCCAGCUCGGGUCUUUCACCAUGCUCUCCCUCAGCAUUUUCAGGCGGCGUCAGCUCUGAGAAACCAAACGUAGACAGGGUUUUUCUUAAUAUUUAUAUAACACGGAGCUGCGGCUGCCACUCUUUUCUCUCCUUCCUCCUCCCAUUGGUAUGGUACGCUUCCCUCCCUAGUCACGUUCAACAUGCUGUGAACAAAUGCUUUCCAAAUGCCAUGGUGGGGACAACCAAAUGGAUAAACUAAGUCAGCUUGCUUCUCUCCCUUUCCUUCCCAUAAGCAAUACAUUGCAAGUGACGCCAUGUUUAACCAUUGUGGAGUUAGCUGGGGGUGGAGGGGAUUUUUCAGAGUUCUUCUUAUUUAUUUCUGGUGCUGCCUCAUUGGCUUGGAUCUGGGGGCGGGGCGGGUUAUAUGUCAUCUCAUCCUGUUUGGGAAGGGCAAAAGGACCAAAGCUUCAAGCUUCGCUUUUGCUUGAGUGAGCAGGCAACGCUUAGCCUGGCCAAUGUCCUGCUUGAUGUGCUGUUUCAUCAUUUUUUAAAAAUCUGCUGAUUGGCUGCUAGUUGGCCUGGGUGUGUGAGGGUAGGCCUCAACCUGAAAGGCGUCUGCUGCUGCUGCUGCUGCUGCUGCUGCUGCUGCUGCUGCUGCUGAUUCCUCCCUCCCACUAUUUGCCUCACUUUCAAUAUGAGCCAGGCUACAUGUUAUGCUAAUCACGUAGCUGAAGGUUGCAAAGAUAAUGAAUGCUUGAAAGAACAACACCUCUUUGUUUCUCCUUCCUGGUUGAGUCCAUGAGCACAGCUUUGCCCUUUGGCAGCUGAGGAGAAAUCAUCUCCCCCUCUUCCUCCUCCUCCUCCACCACCUCUUUGUGCUCUCUGCCAGGGGCUGGCUGGUGUGGCCCUUCAAUGUAAAACUGGCUGUCAGUUCCUCCACUGCGCUAAGCUUCAGAACCCUCCACCUGAGGUGAAAAUGUUACACUAGCAAUGACACUCCUGUUUUUCCACACUCCCCCAAGGCUGUGCUCUACACUUGCACCAGAAUUGCUCAUUUCUCUUCAGCCCCAAACAUUGGAUUGGGACGGCCAUUUUUUUCCUCCCUCCCCACAUUGCAGGGUAAAAUGUUGCACUCCCUAUAUGUCGGGAUUUGGGUGGAAUUUGUUUCAUCUGAAGGAGGCCAGAACACGAUAAACUUGGGAUAUCCCCACAGUUUGAUCAAGCUGUGGAAACUUGUUUGCUGAAAGUCAUGUGGAAUUGGAAUAUCUCUGGUGAUGGAUCCUGUCAGACAAUCCUGUUGGAGGGG